UCACAACACCCGAUGCGGCACUGGCAGUGGCCGCACGCCCGCCCCGGCCACCGAUGCCCCGAACUCCAGCAGCGUCAGCUUGCGGUAGAGCGGCCGCGGGAAGGCGUUCUGGUCGUUCUUGUUGGCGUCGAGCCGGGGAGGAGUGAGGCCGUCCGGUGUGAAGUUCUGCCGCCGUCCCGCUCCCGUACAGCCACCCCGUUGUGGUGCGGUCGUCAGGGAAAGCAGUUCAGCGGGCAU